AUGAGUCCUCAAGAUAUAUCUCCAGGGCCAGAAUCCAAAAAGAAGACCAAUCACGGCUGCAAAGUUGCAUCUGCCGCAAUUUUGACAAACUCACCAUACAAAACUGCUUUGGAGUCAUCUCUUCAAACCCGUGAAAAGAAGACCAAUUCAAAGAAUUGGAAGAGAGAAACAGAGACAUUUAUUGCAGGGUCCAGCAGAAAACCUCUGAAAGGACUGCAGAAGAAGAAGAGCGUUGCAGCACAGAUAAAGUUGAUUGUCAAUGAUGAAACUGAUGAACAAGAUGAUCACCAGUCAAUUUCUUCAGAUGACUAA